AUGGAGCAGGCAAAUUACACAAGGGUGAAAGAAUUUAUUUUUCAAGGACUGACCCAGACCUGGGAGCUGAGCCUGGUCUUAUUUCUUUUCUUAUUCUUGGUGUACACAGCCAUCCUGAUGGGAAACCUGCUCAUCAUGGUCACCGUGACCUACGAGGCUCGCCUGCACACCCCCAUGUACUUCCUGCUGCGCAAUCUCUCUGUCCUGGACAUCUGCUUCUCCUCCAUCACUGCCCCCAAGGUCCUCGUGGACCUGCUGGCCAGGAGGAAGACCAUCUCCUUCAAUGGCUGCAUGACCCAGAUCUUCUUCUUCCACCUCCUCGGUGGAGCAGACAUUUUUUCUCUCUCUGUCAUGGCCUUGGACCGCUACAUGGCCAUCUCCAAGCCCCUCCACUACGUCACCAUCAUGAGCAGGGGGCGCUGCUCAGCCCUCAUUGUGGCCUCCUGGGUGGGGGGCUUUGUCCAUUCCGUGGUGCAGAUUUCCCUGUUGCUCCGGCUCCCCUUCUGCGGGCCCAACGUUGUUGACGGCUUCUACUGUGACGUCCCUCAGGUCCUCAAGCUGGCCUGCACGGACACCUUUGUCAUCGAGCUCCUCAUGAUUUCCAACAAUGGCCUGGUCUCCAUCCUGUGGUUCCUCCUCCUCCUGGCGUCCUACGCGGUCAUCCUGGCCUUACUGAGGUCGCAGGCCGGGGAGGGCAGGAGGAAAGCCGUCUCCACCUGCACCGCCCACAUCACGGUGGUCACCCUGCACUUCGUGCCCUGCAUCUAUGUCUAUGCGCGGCCCUUCGCUGCCCUCCCCUCUGACAAGGUCAUCUCCGUCACCUUCACGGUCAUCUCCCCGCUGCUGAACCCGGUGAUCUACACCCUGAGGAACCAGGAGAUGAAGUCGGCCAUGAAGCGGCUGAAGAGACGACUCGGGCCUGCUGAGAAGGAAUAG